GUGAGCCAGAAGCUGUUGCCCGGGUUGCGGCUGCCGCGAUCACUUUUUGACAGAUUAGUAAAGAGCUGUGGUUAUAAAUGCAGGUAUCGGCAUGCCGUCGAAGAUUGUCCGUUUGAAAACCCCAAGGCAGAUCAAAAUGGAUACGCAAGGUAUCUUGACUCCACCAGGUGGCCAGCCCCGUGCGUUAACCCCCGCUUGGAGCAAUGGAGAUACCGAGCCAGUCUUUGAUUCCACUCGAAAGCAGGCGUCACCUCAGGACAAAUCACGCUUCAUUGUGGGGAUAGACUUUGGCACUACAACCACCUCGGUGGCCUACUGUAAGCUGGCAGCCGGUCAACGUCCACUGAGGGUACCAAACGACGAGAUCAAAUGCAUCCGUCAGUGGCCGUAUGCAGGCGAGUAUCAGAACAGCGCGCUUGUGCCCAGUGAAAGCCUAUACUCUGACGAUGACUUCUCGUGGGGCUAUCGAGUGCGCGACCAGCUGAUGGCCGCACACUACGAUGACGCUCCGGGGGUACAUGAAGCGUCCAGCCGUGCGAUCCGGUUUGCCAAGCUGCUGUUCGUGGAUGAGGAACGGCUGGAGGAGCAGUUCCUACAAGAGCAGAAGAACACCAUCGCAAACCUCCACACCAGCGUGUUCGACGUGGUCAAGGACUACCUUCGCCCGAUCCUUUGGCAUACCAUGGAUACACUCAGAGAUGCGGAGGAGGAUUUCGAUGACACCAGUGAAGUGGAGUUGUCCGUCGCAGUCCCUGUCGGCUGCUCGUUCAUCUCCUCUGUCGCGCUGGAAACCAUCCUGACAGAUCUCGUCGAGGAAAGCCAGCUCGAAUCAAACCUGGACCUAUACCUGAUCCAUGAGCCUGAGGCUGCCUCGUCAUUUUUCAUAGAUACUUUGCUUCGCCCGGACGAGCUCUCGGUAGAGGGGGCCUUUAUGGUUUGCGACGCAGGAGGGGGUACGGUUGAUGUAAUCACCUACACCGUCCUUCAGGAGAAGCCAUUGCGCCUAAAGGAGAUUGUUCCACCAGCAGGUGCAAGUUGCGGCUCGGUCUACGUCAACCAGGCGAUGGAGCAAGAUCUGACUGAUCGUCUGCGCGACGUUAAAUUGUGUGAGGGGAUUAUCAGAGAGCGUGAGAUCGAGCGAAUGUUUCAAGACUUCGAAAACAGGCUGAAGAGGAACUGUAACUUGGCGCAGGACCGCCUUGAUGGCUAUGAAUAUCUGGAUCUCCCUGGCUUGAAAGCGGACCCUGAGAGGGGCUUCAAGACAGGAGCGGUAGCGAUUCCUCGACGAACGCUGAAGGAGUACUUCAGGAAAAGCUUGGAGGGAACAGCCAGCCUUAUUCAGGCCCAGCUUGAUUCAGCGGGGCGAAAAGGCUAUGUAGUCAAGAAAGUACUCAUGAUAGGUGGCCUUUCCCAGUCCAAGCCGCUUCGUCAGUAUCUCAGGGAACGAUUUGCCUCCUUGCGAUUGAGAUUCAUCUUCCCGACCGAAAGCGAGGCCGGAACCCUAGUGUCGCGGGGAUGCGUGUAUCGUGCCAUCGAUAAAAGCAAUGGGCCACAUCGACAGAUCAUAGCCAACAUUGGCUACACACAGAGUGAAGAGUAUGAUCCAAAGUGCGCUGCUCACCGGGAUGUUCGGCCGGAAUUCCAGAUUUUGAUGAGACAACGAUACGUCUAUAACUGCAUCAACUGGAUCUUCAAGAAGGGAGACAUCAUAAAGCAAUCUCAGUGGAUCGUCGGCAACUUUCAUCAGGUCUUCGAGCCUGAUGAAUCGUUGAUCGUGAAUCAUACUCUCUAUUAUUCCGAGCAAGACAAUGCCGAAGACCACUACCCGGAGAGCCAUCCGAAAAACGGGAGCUGUGUGCAUAUUGGAACGGUAGUCGCGGAUUUAGACGUGUUAAGGGAACAGGGUCUUAUUAGAUCAGCUACGAGGUACAAGAAAAAUACCGCGCCCACUCUCCGCAUUCCUUAUGAGCUCCACAUAGCGGUAAGCGGCCGAAGCAUUCGAUUUAGCGUGGUAUAUCCGCCAGGUAGUCAGAAGGAGCGAGGUAGCACCCAAGUCAGCAUCGCAGCGUCGUUCGUACCAAGCACAAUGUGAUAGCGUCGGCUUUCCGAGAGAUAUAGCCUCAUUACUUAGUUGCC